AUGGUCAAGCAGCUCGUGCAGUUGUCGACGGCGGCGCUGGUCGCAUCGGGUUCGCUGAGCUUUUCACCGGUGCUGACGUGGGUUACCAACGCGCUUCCGGCGCCGGACGUAUCGACGCUCGCCCGCGACAAGAACACACCCGUCAAGUCGCCGAGCCAGUGUAGCACCUGA